CUAUGUUUAUAGGUCUUUUUUGGCAGCAACAAAUGUCCUGCCUCUUAAGAACCAUUCGAUUUGUUGCAGUGUAGAAUAAAUAAUAGUUCAUUAGAAUGACCAUCAAGGCAGAAUUCAGACCCAGGUGCUUCUUUGACUUUCAAAUAGGGGGGCAAUCCGCUGGAAGAGUUGUGUUUGAAUUGUUUUCUGAUUUGUGCCCUAAAACCUGUGAAAAUUUUAGAGCAUUAUGUACAGGAGAAAAAGGAAUAAGUCAGAAAAGUGAAAUUCCCCUCCACUAUAAAGGAUCCCCCAUCCAUCGUAUAGUAAAAGACUUUAUGGUACAAGGUGGAGAUUUCACAAAAGGCGAUGGGACAGGGGGAGAAUCAAUCUAUGGAGGGGUAUUUCCAGAUGAGAAUUUAUCACUUAAACAUGAUAAGGAGUUUCUUCUUUCCAUGGCCAAUCGUGGAAAGGACACGAAUGGUUCUCAGUUCUUUAUAACAACAAAGCCAGCUCCACAUUUAAAUGGAGUGCAUGUCAUAUUUGGUCAUGUUAUAUUUGGCCAAGAGCUUGUGAUGCAAAUAGAAAAUUUAGAAACUGACAGUGCUAAAAGUUGUCCUAUAAAAGAGGUUAAAGUGGAAAAUUGUGGGGAAUUGGUUCCACAGAUGAAGUCCAAAGGUAAGAAGAGGAAGAAGGUUUCAGAAUCUGAGUCUGCUAAAUCAUCAGAAGAGGAAUCUGCUAGUGAAGAUGACAAAAAGAAAAAGAAGAAAAAACAUAAGAAAGAAUCAAAAAAGAAGAAGAAAGAAAAGAAAAAGAAAAGGGAUAAAAGUCCAAGCAGUGAAGAUGGGAAAGAGACUAAAGAAGAGAUAACCACUGUCUUUGGUGAAAUUAGACCUGAAGAAAUCCCAGAAGUCCCUCAAUCAAAGUUUCUUGAUAGAGGGGGUCCACAACCUGCAGGAGACAGGGAAAGGUCUCCACCAAGAUUUGGUAACAGAAGGAAUAUAGAGAGAUUGCCCUACGGUAAUAGGACACAGUAUGACCAGAAAGGCCGAAAAAUUAAAGGCAGAGGCACUAUUAGAUACGGGGGAGAUAGGAGUAGAAGUGAGACUCCACCACACUGGAAACAGGCCAUGGAACGUAAUGCUCCUGUCAGUACCAUGGGGGAUGCUGAGGAUGGUGAUCAAGAUAGAUGGGUUAGAGGUGAUCGAUUACAGCAAAGACAACCUCCACCGGAAAGACAGGGAGGAAGACGACAAGGCUUUGUCCGCGAUGAUAGGGAAGAGAGACGUCCAGAGAGGAUGACAGGUCGUGUUGAACGUGUUCAUAGCAGAAGAACGAGAUCCAAAAGUUUGGAGCCUGCUGAUAAGCGUUUGUCCAUAGCAGCCAGACUUCAGCAACAUGCUGGUUAUGAAGCUAUAAAACCAUCAUCUGAUGUGGAAGAUGAAGAUGGAGGCAAAAAAAAGAAAAAGGAAAAAAGAAAAAAAGAAAAGAAAGAUAAGAAGCAGAAGAAACAAGAGCGAAAAAUGUCAGAAAGUGACGAGGAAGAAACAUCUAGAAAACAAGUUAGACGUCAACGUGACAGUUCUCCAUCAGAAGGAGAAAUAAUCUCAUCACCAGAAAGAGAAAGGAAGUCCAAAUAUUCAGAUAGAAAAGAUAGAUAUAGUCCAAGUCCUGACAGAAAUCGUCAGCUUAACAGAUCAAGACAAAGAAGGUCUCCUUCUGAAGAAAACAGAAGAAAUGAAAAGAGAAAAUUUAGGAGUGAGAAGAAAGGUCGAAGUUCAGAUGAAUCUAGAUCACCAGAACCUUCAUCAAGGUCAAGGCGACGACAUUCAGAAUCUGAUUCUGACUCUGAUUCAAAAUCCAGGACCAAGAGAGAUGGUGAUAGAAGAAGGACGAGAUCAUCAUCAUCAUCUAGGUCAAGGUCAAGAUCUAGAGACAGAUCUAGCAGAUCAAGAUCAAGAGGUAGAAGAGAUAGACCAAAAGUACAGCCAGCUCAAAGACCAGUGAAACUGAAAUCUGAUAGUCCUCCUCCCACACACUGGAAACCAGGACAAAAACCAUGGAAAUCUAAGGAGCCUGAAAGACCAGUCUUCACACAACAAAUUUUAAAUCAAGGCCACAAACCUCACUCUGAUGUUACAAGGGAGCAAAAGUCAGAGGUCAAUGGAUUCAGAAAGCCAUCCACUGAGAGACGCUCAAGGUCAAGGUCAGCUAGUCCUCAAAGGGAUGUUAGAAGAAGUGGUCAUGUUGAAGGGAAAUCCCCAGGUCAAAAAGAAAGUAAAAUCCAGUAUGAUUUGGCAACAACUGAAGCUCCUAUAAAAGCUAGUCCUCUUAGGGUACCAGAUAAAAAUAUAUCACCAGAAAAGAAAAAGGUGUCUAGAUCAAGAUCAUCCAGCAGCUCAAGUUCAAAGUCAGGCUCUGGAAGAUCAAGGUCGAGAUCAAAGUCAUAUUCAAGUGAUUCCAGCUCUGCUAGUUCCAAAAACAAGAAGAAACCAACAAGGAAAGUUGAGGAGAAAAUAAAGUGGCAGCCCCCUCCAGAUCCUGAGGACCAUUUCAAAGAAGAAGAGUAUCACAGAUCUGUACAUAUCCAGCCAGUUGAUAGCACACAGGAAAACCGAUUAAGGACUCCACCAAUACCUAAUUUGUCACAGGUGGCUGAGGCAGCAUCAGAAAUGGCCAAACAUCAUAGUAGAUGGGAUAGAAAGAAUCCACCUAAAGCAGAUAUUACCCAUCAGGCUUCACCAGUCAAAAUGCCAGCAACAGCAUUUGAAAGAGAGAGACGGUCAGGAACUCCUUCUCCAACAGAAAGAGUGUCCGCUAAAGCUAAGGAACAACGUAAAGGCAGUUCAUCAUCAGAAUCAGAUUCUGACAGUUCAAGCUCAGAUAAAUCCAGAUCAGCAUCUCCAACAAGUCAGUUUUUAUAUGGCAAGGAAAAUGAAGGUAAAAGAGGGCCACCUCCUCCCCCUCCUAUGAAGGAUAGUAAGUCUUCAGUACUGCCAAUACCAGUGGUUGGAGUAAAGAAAGAGACCAUUUAUGAAAAGGUGUUGAGCCAUGUUAUGACAGAGCAGAUUCCUAUACCUGUAAAAUCAAGUGAUUCAAGUCUUAAAAACACUAAUGCAAAUGCUGACAUAGGGAAGAGCGCUUUAGAUAAUAGGUUACAAGAUAUGACAGAACCCCCAGUUUUAAAAAAGGAAACUCCAAGGAAAGUAGUGAGAAAAUCAGCCUCACCAGCAAGAAGACAUAAAUCAGAUAGCUCAUCCAGGUCACGAAGCAGGACUCCUAAAAAAAGGUCUACAUCACCAACCAUUAGACGUGUUAUAAGAAGGUCAAGGACUCCCUCACCUUCAAAAUUGUCAGCCAGAAGAUCGUCAAGAAAAUCAGAAACUCCUCCAAGAAGACGUAUUUCACCUAGGAGAAAGUCAUCCCCAUCCCCAAGGAAGAGGUCACCUCCAAGGAGAAUUUCUCCCUCCCAAAGGAACAGGUCACCAAGGAGACGAUCUUCUCCAUCACCAAGGUCAAUUCCUAGGAGGUUAUCCCCACCGAAAAGGAAAAGGUCAUCUCCAUCACCUAGAAGGUCACCACCAAGGAGAUCAUCUAUUUCACCAAGAAAAAGGUCACCUAGAAGACGAUCCUCACCAUCUCCAAGAAAAAGUCUGCCUAGGAGGAGAUCGUCUCCUUCCCCACGCAGAAGAUCACCACCAAGAAGGAGGAGGUCAUCAUCUUCACCCAGAAGAAGACCUCCUAUAAGAAGAUCUCCUGUAAGAAGAAGGAGGUCGUCUUCAUCCAGAAGACGUUCUGUUUCCCCAAGACGAAAUUCAAAAUCACCAAGGAGAGCUCCAUCACCAAGAAAACAUACAAAAUCUCCAGUUAGAAGGAGAACACCUUCACCAAGAAGGCGCAGCAAGUCUCCAAGAAAACGUAGUAUAUCUCCAAGGAAAAGGUCACCAUCACCACGAAGAAGAUCCAAAUCACAAAGAAGAAGCAGGUCAAGGUCAAGGAGCAGAUCAAGAAGAUCUCCGCCUGCCCGUAGAAGAAGGUUUUCACGCAGUAGAUCCAGAUCACGUAGGAAAACCAGAUCCCGUAGCAGACGUCGAAGUAGUAGCAGUUCACGAAGUUCCAGCCGUAGUAGGAGUCGUAGCCCUAGAAGACGAAGAAGAUCCCACUCUCGCAGCUGGUCUUAGUUAUUGUGUUUUAAUACAUACUGGUUCUUUAUUGAAACUGUCAUAUCAAUUCAUGGUUAAAGGUUGAUGGUUUUCAUACAGAUCAUUUUAUAAAUGCUUCUGUUAUUUUAAAUAUAAUAGUGGGUUUUUAGUCUAAGGUUAAAAAAAUGUAUGAAAAUUUAUCAUAAACCAAUAGUGAAUUUAUUUUAUAAAUUUGAAGUGAUUACAUAGUUACAUAUUUUUUUUUCUCUAUUUUACAACAAAUUUUUACUUUUUCAGAAGGGAUUUAAUCAAAACAAUUAUGGUAGUUUAAUAUGCAUUUUAUAACUUGUUGAAAUAUUUAAUAAAUCACUAGUUUUAUUUGUUUAAAACAUUUUACAUUUUAAAUAGAGUCGGCAUUUAUACCUAAAUAUACAUACUCAACCAUACUGACAUCAAGGACAAAUGUACUGAUUUAUUCAUUAUCAAAUUUCUUUGAAUAAGGUCAUAACAAUCAUGUUGUCAUAUUUGAAUAUUCUUUCAUCAAUUCAUUCAUUUUCAUUGUCAAAAACAAAUUAUAUUUCUAUUUAGUCUUAACUGUAAAAAAAUCAGAAAAUUCUAUUUUUUACAAAUGAUUUAAAAGUCCCUUAUAAAUCAGAAUUGGACUAUACUUUGAAAAAGUGUAUAUGUAGGUCAAAUUUUGCAGGUCACCAUCAGCCCUGAUUUUCCUGAAAAGGCCAACCAACACAAUUAUUUUUGAAAACUUGCAUGUUUCCUAGUGAGUCUAAAUCAUAAUAAAUUAAUGUGGGUUCUAGGUGCACUUUUUUCCAUUGAUGUGGUAAUCAAAUUCAGGCUGAAGCCUUUUCUUAAUCAUCAAUGGUUAUUUCAAUAAUUUUGAGAAAUUAGGGUGGAACAUAUGUAUUUUCUUAUCAUAAAAUGGUAAGAAAUGAUAUUUACUUCAUUAAUUUUCUAGUACAAAAUCAUGUGGAGAUUCAUUAUAGAGUAUACUUUUAUUGAAUAACAAAAUCAAUUGAUUUCCAUUAUUGGAUCAUUUUCAGGGUGAUGCUGUUUCGGUUUUUUUCUUCUUCAUAACUUAAUGUUUGACUAUGUUCACCAAUUGUGUAUACCUAAAUUUUUUGUCUUUAAAUGUAGCAAGUUUUAAGUGUUCAUUAAUAAAAUCACAUUUAAUCCAUGUUAUCAUGGUUAAAACAGUUACACUUGCCUUGUUAAUAAAGACCUUGUGAAAUCAA